CGGGAGAUACAAGCCAACGAUGAGGUGACACUCAAGUAAUGGACUUCUUGCUUUGGAGCUAUGUGGUAACAUGACCCGGCUCCGACUCAUCUUUUAGCUUGCCACUCCGCUGAGACUGUUGGGGCGUCUGGUCUGUCUAGACAUAUUCAAAUCAUGUCUGUUAAGGUUGCAGCCGUACUCAAUCGGUGGGUAGGCUGGGAGGGCGACUCACAGCGUCGUCGUCUCAAUGCUACAACUGUUCUUUUUGGGUUCGAUGAGCAACCUCAUGUUCCAACCAAUAUCCAAUUGGUGUCCGACAUGUUGUACGCACUUGUCAUCGAUCUAGAAUAUGAGACAAAGAAAUGUGCGCAGCUGAAAAUCUAUAAGAGCACGACACUGGAGACACAUGCAGCCGUUCAAACAUCUGCUUUUUCCCCAGGACACCAGCAGCUUGGUCACAUAUCACUCCAAUUGCACAAUGGACCGUACACAUGCUCCUCGUCCCGGAGAGCUAGGAGAAUAUCGGAUAAGUGGUAACUUCAAGUCGAGCAUCGCAGCAAUCGUUCCAAUACCUGAGCGCCUCCGAUACGUCGCAAAGGCUGCACGUCACGCCGGCCCCGAAGACAAAACCAUUCGGACAGUUUUUGAGGCUCCGGACGAAACCAUGAAGCUUGCUCAGCUUCCUGAUGAUGAUCAGAUGAGCAUGUGCCAUAACCAGAUCAAGUCAGCCAUUAGAACACAUUGGUAUUGUACUGUCCCGUGGAGUCAAGACGACUCACGUCUCGCCUUUUGUGGCAUAGAUCUAAUGGUUUUCGAAUAUGUUGCCUACGCGCACGUUGCAUCAGUACCGUGCAACACCAAGGGCAGGAUAAUCUUGUCCCGUUUUUCGUAUACAUGGCAAAGUUUGAUAGGCACUUCCAAGAAAAUGUCGCGAAGGCCACAGAUGGCUUCCUCGCCCCUUUGUGUAGAUUACGGUACUUUUGUCCUAGAUGAGGGCUCUAUCAUCAAGCCCGGCCAUGGUAAUCUCUGGGUCAACAUGCAUGCAUUUAUGGCAAGAUUCUUCAAUGCUAAGGCAGAUGAUGGAACCUAUGUUGUUUGUGCUUGUGUUAAGUCAUGCCUCCGUCGUUCGACUGAUAAAAGAGAGACUGAUUUAUGUGCAUGAAGUUUGGUGGUAGGCAGUCAACUUGUGUUUUCCAAUAAGUAAGGAUCUUCUUUGUUCGGUCUGGGAUAUUUGUCCUAGAUUGACGUUUAUCUCUCGAGCUGUGGUUUAGAUGCCGCGACCAUUCGCUUUUUGCAAUCUCUCCAAGGGGAAAGGGAAGGAAAAAGGUUUGGGACCAUUAAAACUCCACUCAUCGAAAGCCGGGAUCUGAGAGGCUUGUUC